AUGGCGUGUUUUUCAUGGAAUGUGCGAGGAUUUAAUAAAGAGGUGAAGCAUUCCGUGGUCAAACAGUGGUUACAUGAUAGUGAGUUUAAAUGGGGUUGUAUCUUGGAAACAAGGGUGAAGGAGAAAAAGGCUGAGAAGAUUUUGAGUACUACUUUUGGGGAUUGGUCUUCUAUAACAAAUUAUGAAUAUAGUAGAGGUGGAAGGAUCUGGUUACUAUGGAGGGAAAGUGUUCGGGUUACUCCAGUUUACAAGACAAAUCAGAUGAUAACGGUUAUGGUUGAGAUAGAGGGAGAGGCAUGUUUCUUUUGUACUUGUGUCUACGCUAGUAACCAAGUAGAGGAGAGAAAAGAGUUAUGGGCAGAUUUGAUUCACUUACAUGAGUCUCCUCUGUUUAAGGAUAAAGCAUGGAUGGUUUUGGGUGAUUUUAAUGAGAUUUUGGAAGGUGAUGAGAGUUCUAGUUUUGACAGUGGUGGAAGAAUUUCAGGAGGGAUGAGGGAAUUUCAGUCAGUGGUGUUGCGGUGUAGGCUUACGGAUAUGGCUUAUCAAGGUUCGAAGUUCACAUGGUGUAAUAAAAGAGAGGAAGGUCUUAUAUGCAAGAAGUUGGACAGAGUAUUGAUAAAUGAGGAAGCUCUACUUAGGUUCAGUAAUGCUUAUUCGAUAUUUGAAGCAGGAGGAUGCUCUGAUCACAUGAGAUGUAAGGUGCAGUUAUUCCCUCCUAUGGAGAAAAUUAAAAGGCCGUUUAAGUAUGUAAGUGCUAUGGGGAAUCUUCCUGGGUUCCUACCUUUGGUGAAGGACUAUUGGGAUACUACAGAAGUUUUGUUUCCAUCUACUUCAGCAAUGUUCAGAUUCUCAAAGAAACUAAAGGGCUUAAAGCCGCUGUUGAGGGAGCUGGGUAAAGAUAAGCUGGGCAAUUUGUCCAAAAGAGCUAAGGAAGCUUUUGAUAUGCUCUGUGAUAAGCAGAAAGUCACUCUAGCUAACCCUAGUGAAGAAGCAGUUCAUGAAGAAUCAGAAGCAUAUGGUAAAUGGGUUCAUAUAGCUGGUCUGGAAGAGGAUUUUUUGAAGCAGAGAGCUAAGCUCCAUUGGUUAGAUGUGGGAGACCAAAACAAUAAAACAUUUCACAGGGCAAUCAAAUCUAGGCAAGCACAGAACAUGAUAAGGGAAAUUCAAUGUGCUAAUGGGUCUGUUGUGAAGACUCAUUCGGAGAUCAAGAGUGAAGCAGAGAGUUUCUUCUCAGAGUUCCUUAAUCAUAUUCCUGGUAAUUUCCAAGGAGUUGAUGAGGAAGAAUUACAGGACUUACUGAAUUUUAGAUGCUCUGAGGAUGAUUGUCGUGUCAACUCUACUAUACUGGCAUUGGUACCAAAGAAGUUGGAAUCUUAUGAGAUGAGAGACUAUAGACCUAUAGCAUGUUGUAAUGUGCUAUACAAGGUUGUGUCGAAAAUUGUAGCUAACAGAUUGAAGUGUCUGCUACCUCGCAUAAUCAGUGAUAACCAGUCUGCUUUCAUCAAGGGUAGAUUGCUCAUGGAAAAUGUGUUGUUAGCUUCUGAGCUAGUGAAGGAUUAUCACAAGGAGUCUAUAGCCCCGAGGUGUGUAAUGAAAAUAGACAUAUCAAAGGCCUUUGAUUCAGUACAAUGGUCGUUUGUGUUGAGAAGUUUAUGUGCUCUGGGCUUUCCAUCAAUCUUCAUACAUUGGAUCGAGUUAUGCAUAACCAGUCCUUCGUUCUCAGUUCAAGUAAAUGGAGACUUAGCGGGCUACUUUCAAAGCUCUAGGGGGCUUAGACAAGGCUGCUCGCUUUCGCCAUAUUUAUUUGUUCUCUGUAUGAAUGUGCUAUCAAGGAGAAUUGAUAAAGCAGUGGUGGAGGGGAAGUUCAAAUUUCAUCCAGGGUGUCAAAAGCUAUCGAUCACUCACCUAUGUUUUGCCGACGACCUUAUGGUGUUUGUUGAGGGUUCUAAGCAAUCAGUUCAGGGGGCUCUGUCUGUUUUUGAAGAAUUUGAGAAGUAG